UCACAGGCCCUGCCGUGCAAACAAACAGCUGAGGGAGCAGCGUCCAUCUGUCCGUCCGCACGGCGGCUUCUCUCAUUCUUCUCCCCCCAGCAGCCAUGGCACCAACCAGCGUCUCCACCACCCUCAUCCUCAUCCUCACAGCUCUGCUGUCUGCAGCUGCCGCUCCCCACAAACCCACAGCACCCCCAAGCCUGGCCAACACAACGAUGCCGUGGCUGCUGGGGCUGUGGCAGUACGUGGCCGGGGCUGCCCAGCUCCCCCAGCACCUCCUGGAGCUGCUGCUCAUCGAUCACGGCCACCUUCGCGUGGAGCCCAGCAGCGGGCAGGAGCUGCUCAUCACCCAGCACGUGGCAGCGGGCGGCCGAUGCCUCUCCAACAACUCCACCUCCAUCCUCCUCAGUGCCAACGGCACGGCGCUGCUCAAGGACGCCAAGACGCAGCGCAUCCUGGGGAUGGUGACGAAGCUCAGCUCUGAGGACACUCUGCUCAUCCAGCACCACGUGCACAGGGAGAGGAUGUAUUCAGCUCUGUAUCUCUAUGCCCGCAAUCGGACAGUGAGCAGCACGCAGCAGGACGAGCUGGGACAACAUGCAGAGAACCUGGGGCUGAGCAGAGGGGCUGUGGUGUACGCGCCGUGGAGGAAGGAGCUGUGCCAACCGGGAGAAAAGGAAAGGGUGGAAGAAAGGAAGGAUGGAGGAGCGCAAGGCACGGCCCUGCCGAGCACCCCGACGGGCAGCCCGCGGCAAUAAACGCUUUGCUCAGAGCUGUAGCGCCACCUGAGCAGGGCCUGCAAAAACGAACCGAGCACCUGCUUUGUUUUGCGUGCCGUUGCCCCGGCGUUUGGGACAAGGCGUCCCGCAGCGAGCAGGGCUGCGGGGCCGGCAGCGGGUGAUGGCGGGCGCUGCUGGGCACGGGCUGAGCAGAUCCAUGCAGGGUGAUGGCUGACCAGGAGAGGGCAAUCGGCGCCCGCUCGUGAGGCUGUGCCCUGCUGCGGAUCUCACCCAUCCCACGGGAUUUCGCUUCUCCAAAAAGGGCUCGGUGCGUUACGGCGAAGCGCCGGGGUGCAGCCCUGGCAGCCCGUCCCCCCCGGGCAGCACGGUUGCUCCGUGGUUUUGGAAGCAGGAGGUUAAACGAGGCCAGGGCUGAGCUGGAAGGUAAUUGAGGCUCAGCUCUCAUCCAGCAAUUAAGCACUGAAAAUAUCUCCUUAAAAAGGACGCGGAACAGCAGAGCCCUGCCCUGCCCCCCGCUGCGGCGCUGGGGUGUCUCUGCCCUGCAAGGCAGCGCUGCUCUAUUGAGCCUAAAGGAAACCGGGCUGGAAGUGUUCUACGAAGCGAGAAGAGCAGAUCCACUCCUGGUCGCAGGGCAGGGCGCUGCCAACGCUCUGCUGACACAAGCUCA